AAUCUGUUUCAUCAGUGUCGUAGUAAACAUCACUCUAUGAUGUAAAAUUUAUUAUCUUUAUUUAGCUGCAGUAGAGCAAAUAUAUCGUCAAGGCAAAAUAGUAGUAUUUCCUCGAAUAUUAAUUAGAAAUUAGUUUGGUCGUGAACUUUUAGAAGCAUGGGAAAUGAAACAUCACUUCCGAUGGAAAUGUGUUCCACGUUUGAUCCUGAUGAGAUAAAAAGAUUAGGUAAACGAUUUCGCAAACUGGAUUUGGACAAUUCUGGAUCUCUCAGUGUUGAUGAAUUUAUGUCUCUUCCUGAGUUACAACAAAAUCCUUUGGUACAACGUGUAAUAGAUAUUUUCGAUACUGAUGGUAAUGGAGAAGUUGAUUUUAAAGAAUUUAUUCAAGGCGUAUCCCAGUUUAGUGUCAAAGGUGACAAAGAAUCAAAACUUAGAUUUGCCUUUCGAAUUUAUGAUAUGGAUAACGAUGGCUACAUAUCAAACAGUGAAUUAUUCCAAGUGCUUAAGAUGAUGGUGGGCAGCAAUUUGAAAGAUGUUCAAUUGCAACAAAUAGUUGAUAAAACAAUAUUAUUUGCAGAUAAAGAUGAGGAUGGAAAAAUUUCAUUUCCUGAGUUUUGUGCUAUGGUUGGCAAUACUGAUAUUCACAAGAAAAUGGUUGUAGAUGUUUAAAUGCCAGUUUGAAUAUGCCUCCUUCAUCAACACCAUUUUACAUCUUUCUCAUUUGUAGAUAGUGUAUGUACAGUUUGUUUGAUUAAUGCCUGUUUGUGUGUGUAUUCUGCAAUGAAUUAGUUGUUACUAAUUUUUAUAGAUUUAUUUUCCGUUAGAUAUUAUUUUAAGAGUUAUUCUGAAUUAAAUAUAGGCAAGGAAUUAUUUAGUUUAUUUUAUAAUUUUACACUUAUUUAAUUGGCUACUCUACUGUAAGCAUGUCAGCGAUAUAUGAAGUAUCUUCAAGGUCCUUUUAAGCAUGGAAAAGUUCCAUUAAGGUAUGCAUGAUAGGUUUGCUUCUUAGGAAACAGUGAUGUGUGUAAAGCGCGGUUCGCGGUGUAAGUAUAACUUACUUUGCGCGUCUGUGCACAUUUUAGCUACUAGACCUAACAGAGGAUUACCCAUAUUAAAUCGUAAUUCCUUUUAUGUUUAUCUAAAUUAGAAUUCAGUUUGAAAUUAAAAUCUAUGUUAGAUUUUGAUUUCUAAUUUGGCUUUUAACAUUUUUUAAAACAUAUUCUCCAUUUCACAUUAGUUAAAUCUAAGGAGGAAACUGGUGAAUUUUGUAAAUUAUUUAGUAAUGUUUCAGAAAAAUAUCAAAUGUUUAACUGAUUUUUGACAUGGCACUAAAUAGAAUUCUAUUUGAAAUUAAAAUUAAAUUCUAUAUUGUAUUUUGAUUUCUAAUAUGGCUUUUAAAAAUUGUCAGAUUAUUAAACUGUCCUCAAUUAUUUUGAAGAUAAGUACUAAUUUUGUGCUGUUAAUUCAAAACCUAUCAUGCAACUGUUAUAUUAAAUAAUAUAAAACGGUUUAUGGUACUGUUAAUGGAUACCCAAGAUCAUUUUUUAAAACAGAUAUUCUCCAUUUCACAUUAGUUAAAUCUAAGGAGGAACAUGGUGAAUUUUGCGAAUUAUUUAGUAAUGUUUCAGAAAAAUAUCAAAUGUUUAAAUGUUUAUGACAUCGCACUGAAUAACUGAAAUGAAACAAGCAUUAUAUUCACAUAAUGCUGAUGCAUUGUAAUAACUUUUAAUAUUGCUAUAAUUAUUUAACUGAAUGUUUGAUACUAUUUAUAAAUCUUCAUUGGUUUUAAUUAUUUAUUUUUUUGUUAAUUGUUCUUCUCCAAUCCUAUCUGAUUGAUUACAUAAAUGGGAAAUUAUUAUAUAUCAGGUGAAAAUUAAAUUUGGAAAAAACAAUAUUUUAUAGAAUUAUUUAAAUUAGUGCAUCAUAUUUGAAAAAUUUUCCUAAAUUGUACACUUAUUUCAAAAUCAUUAUAAUUACAAAAUUUUUAUAAAAAAUAAAAAUCAAAAAUUUAUGUAAUAAAAUUUAAAGUAUUUGUUUAGAAUAUUAAGAUUUCAUGUUAGAUGAAUUUGUUUAAUUUUUUUAAAACUAAAAUGUUAUAUAAUAAUGUUUGAGACUUUUAUAAAGUAUUAUAUAAAUGUUUAUUUAAAUUUAGAAAAAAAAUUUAAUAAGUUUAAUCAUGUUUUUUUUUCUUUCCUAAACUGACAUAAAGUCUUAGAUAAAAAUUUUCACAAACUUUUCUGCUGCAUGUACAAUUAACAGCUCCUAUUUUCCAGCUUUUAGAAAUAGAUUAGAAACAUUUAGAUGGUUUGUGUGUAAUAAGAUGUUUCUUUCACUUGUAUAAAAUUACAUGAAAUUAUAAUAGCUAAACUUAUAAAAUAUAUACAGUGCGUCAAAAAAUAAACGGACCACUCUGAAUACAUUUUGAUCUAAUUAUCAGAUCUUCAUGUUCUAGGACUCAAUCUUAAUCCAUCAAGGGGAUGACCUCAAAUAUGCUAAUUACUUAGUGCAAACGAUAUUUUAAAUUAGAAAAUAGAAACAAAAAUUUUACGUAUAUUUAAAAUUUGAUUUCUUAGAAACUAUUCAACCAAUUUUGCAGAUGACAUUUUGCCAUCUGAAAUUAUGUACUUAAAAUGAGGCAAAAAAUUGUAUACCUUACAAUUCAUAAUUUUUCUACUAUUAUUAAGUAAAAUAAUAAAUCUUUACUAAAAUGUAUAUUUUCUAUAGAAUUAUCUUUGAAUAAACAAAUUUCAUAAUUACGUGAUUUUUUUUUUUUUAAAUUCUGUUUAAAAAUUCUGAAAAUAUGUUGAAAUACGCAAAAAGCAUUAUGGGGAUCAUAUAUCUAGGGUUAAAAAUCUAAAUCAAUUCAAAAAGGUCUGUUUAUUCAAAAAAAAAAGUAUGUUUUUAGGUCUGAUUUUAUAACUUAAAAUAUCAUCUGCACUAAACUGACUAAAUAGCAUUGUAGAGGUCACCCCCUCAAACCAUUAAGAUGAAUGUGAAGAUCAGACCAUUUGAUCAAAAGUUACUCAGGGUGCGUCUGUUUUUCUUUGGCGCACUGUACAUUUAUUUUAUUUUUUCCCCUUUUUAUUAUAGAAAAGUUUAAAUGUGACCAUAUUUAUUCAUGUUGUGUUUAUAUUUUCAACCCAAUCUUAAUUAAAAUAACAAUUUUUUUGUUUCGCCAGGGCCAUGCCUAAGAUUUAAGCAUCCUCUAGGCAAAUAUUUGCUUGCAUGUUUUAAAUUUCUCAAUUCGAAUCACUCUAAAUUUUUAAAAGAUAAAGUGAAUACAGAUUAUAAUAACAAAUUAAAAAUAUUGCAAAGUAUUUAAAUUAAAAAAUUUAAUAUACUUGCGUGAAUUCAAGAAUUAAAUUGGGCGACUGAUCAAGGGCCCAAAAUCUGAGUGCUCUGAUCAUUUACCCAAUAAACUAUCCUUUAAGCAUGGCCCGGUUUGUAUCUCUUUAUGUUGCUUAUUCAUCUUGCUAUGGUUUUUCCAUGGAGAGUUUUAUGUUUAAUGAAGUUUCAGAGAUUUCUCUUGUAAUUUAUUUACAUGAAUAUACAUAAGCAAAUAUAAAUAAAUAUAUAUAUAAGAGAAAGGUUUUUUAGGGUUAUAGUUUUUGCUCUAAACUUAACCAUGCUGCCUGUAGGAAAAGUAUUACAUUAAUAGAAUCUGCGAGAAAAAAAAAAUGUUGCCUUGAAAGCUAGACUCAAUACCUUACGUAGUUAAUGUUUGAAAGUUGUAAGAUGUUAAAAUAAUAGUUGUGUGGCACUAUGUUGCAUGUGUUGGUGAUCAAUAUAGUUAAUGACUAUCAUUUUAAAUAUUGUUCAAGUCAUUCUUUAUAUAAAUUUACACCAAAUUAACUUGUUUAUUUUAAAUUUUUUAUUUAUUUAGAUUUUGAAUAUAAUGUUGAAAAUAUGAAUUAUGCAAAAAAAAAAAAUUGCUUUGAAUUUUUGAAAGAAAUUGCUAACAUUACAUCUUUUAUAAAGAAAAAUCAUCUGUUCAAAAUUAACUCUCGAGUAAUCAGGAUAGUUGAACACUGCCUCAUUGUGGAUAUCCAAAAUUAUCAAAUUUAUGCCAAAUUAUACAAAUUGAAGAAAUGUAAAAUUAUUAUACCAUAGAAUAUUAAUUUAAAUGGUUUAAUUCAAUUCCUAUUCUAUUGGACUGGUCCAAUGGAAUAGAAAGGGUUGAAAAGAAUACUUCCUAUUGAUACUAAUCUAAGUUAAAGAAGAAUCUACAGUAAUUAUAGGAACAAAUAUUUUUAGAAAUGGCUUAUAUGCUACCAAUGUUUUGAAAUACUAUAAUUUUCUGCUGAUAAAGAUAAUUUUCAAAAAUGUGGAAUAAAGUAAACUGUAACUAAUUGAUCAUCAAUUUAACUAAUAGCACCAAAGAUUUCAUAGUGCAUAUGGAUUCUUAUUCUUUACAUUACAGUGUACCACUUACAAUUUUUAUGUUAGCUAGUUUUUUGUGUAAUUAUUAUAUAAUCAUUCAUUCAUAUAAAUUAUAUCUUUCUGAAUAAGAAAUUAUUAAUGUCUCAAUUAACGAUCAGUGAUAAAUGAUCAUAUUAGCAAUGCUUAACGUAAAUACUAUGCAUCUUAUUUUGUCAUCAGUUUUUAUCUUUUUUGUUAAAAAUUAAUAGAUUUAUUCCAUAUAUUUAAGUAGAAUUGUACAUGGAUGCCACUUUCAUUGUUGUUUGUUCAUUACAUUCGUUUUAUUUUGUAUAUAAAACUGUUUAAUUGAUUAAAGUGAGCAUUUGAUCUCUAAUAAAGAUAAAUUAUUAUUAUAUAAAUUCUUAAUUUGUUGGUUUAAUACAGUAUGAUUUUUUAAGAUCAGUUUUGAUGUAAUAAAAUGUGUGUUAAAACUUUAAUAUAUUUUAAAUAAAUUUGUUGGUUUGUUUUGUUGGAAAA